UUUUUGGUCAUAAGAAGAAAUGGAUGAGGUCUUGUUGAUUCCCAGAUUCAUCAGAAGAAUUUUCAUGUUGUUUAGUCUUUGGUUCCUAUGCAUCCCUGUUGGAGUCAUCUGCAGCACUGUGAAUGUUUCAGCUUCUUCGAACUCUUCUUCUUCUUCUUUGAAGCCAAAAGUUAUAAAUAUUGGAGCUUUGUUCACGUUGAAUUCAGUCAUUGGAAGAGCAGCACAGCCUGCAAUUGAAGCCGCCAUUGAUGACGUCAACUCCAAUCCCAACAUUCUUAAUGGGGUUCAAUUGAAACUCAUUGUCCGUGACACAAAUUGCAGUGGAUUUGUUGGAACCAUGGAAGCUUUGCAGCUAAUGGAGAGUGAUGUUCUCGUCGCGAUCGGUUCGCAAUCAUCCGGUAUAGCUCAUGUCAUCUCCCAUGUUGUUAAAGAGCUUCAUGUCCCUCUUCUCUCGUUUGGAGCAACGGAUCCGACUCUUUCGUCGGUGCAGUACCCAUAUUUCAUCCGGACUACGCACAGCGAUUACUUCCGGAUGUAUUGA